AUGCAUCCUUCAAGGGAUGCCGCAGGUGACCCUGCAGCAAAGGAGGGGAUUGCUGCAACUGCUACCCCUGAGUCGUCUCCCUUUCCAGAAGAUGUAUGGAGGGGCCCUCCACGGACCUUUUCUUCCGUCGCUACUGCGACGAACGAGCCAAAGGCGGAGAUGCAGUCCUCUGCAAGCUUGGUACUGCAGCCCCCCUCAGCCGCCCGUGCGCCAUCCGUCGAAUAUUCCAAUCAACCAGAUUGCAGGGGGAGUUUGGAGCGCUUGGCCUUGGGGGCUUUCCAGGGGGGCACUGUGGUCACCCCACUUACUGCAUGCAAAGUGGAGCUGCAUCCCUUACAUCCGUCCCUGGCAACCCAAGGCAGCCGAACGCAGGAGACUCUUGGGGGCCUAGAUACCAAAAGGAACCUUCCCUCCUUGCAUUCUACCCGUGAUCAGAGGCCCCUCCCUUCCCAUACGCACGAGGUACCCACUAACAGCAACAGUACCAGCAGCAACAGCAACAGUACCAGCAGCAACAGCAAAAGUACCAGCAGCAACAGCAAAAGUACCAGCAGCAACAGCAAAAGUACCAGCAGCAACAGCAACAGUACCAGCAGCAACAGCAAAAGUACCAGCAAGGCGCAGAGGGCCACCGGCAUCUCCCUGUGCCCUCCAGUUUCCGUCCAGACGAAUUGGGUGCUCCAUCCUCCUGGAGCCUCCGCACCGCAUGCAAAAUUUUGGCGUCUCUGUAUAUAUCAGCGGGUCUUUUUGGUGAUUCCUAGCCCUUCUCUAUGGCCUCCUUCUUCUCGCUGUCCUCCCCCCUCCUUUAUUCCCUGUCUUUUCAUUCGCAGGGAAACGGGGGAGCUGCAGCAGCAGCUGCUCCCGCUGCAAGGCUUUCUGCUGGCUCACUUCUCAGCGCAGCCCUCUGUAGGCGCUGCGGCUGCGGCUGUAGCAGCUAAACAAGGAUCGGAAGGGUCCCCUCGCCACGCGACUUCCCCAGGCGUUACCGAUGCCCCAGCAGUCGCUUCGGCUGCUUGUGCUGCUGCUGCAGCAGCGCCUUCCAGAGUUGCUCCAGACGCGCCUGCCUCCUUCGGAGGAUUCCACGUGCAGUUGGACUGCCACGCCCUAUUGGGAACUCUGAAGAUAACCUCUCGCCGCUAUUUGGUAGUAGUUCUUGAGGCAGAGCCAGUGGCAGUGGUGCAGGAGGAGGAGACGAUGCCUGCGAAUCCUCCCCAGCGCUGGCUAGAGCUACAGCGAUCCAAGCGGCAACAGCAGCAGCAGCAACAGAAGGCUCCUCAGCUUGUGAGGAAGCUCAUCAAGCUCGCUACCAGAGUUACGUGUCUUCCCUACUGCUUGAAGGCGCCAGAAGCCCCUCGGAUGUCCGGCGACGGAGGCCAGCAGCAGCAGCAGCAGCAGCAGCAGCAGCAGCAGCAGCAGCACGGUGGAGAGGGGACGUCCUUAGGGAAUCGUUUGGAGGCGCCGCUGCAGGAGCUAGGACUCUCCACAGGAGCCUCCCUGGACUUCCUUGAUGACGAUAAGGAUCUUUUGGGGCUUGAUGUGGGAGGGGUUGACCAAGGGGUGUCUUUUUCUCAGCACGCUAUCGCUAAGACGUGGGGUGGACUUAUUUCAGCGGCCUCUGAUUCUCUGGCUUCCAGCGGGAGCUGGGGAGACAACGGGCGGGGAGGCGUAGCCUCUUGGGUACAGCAGCAAACGCAGAUGCUGCUGGGGCCCCAGUCGCUUGGCUUGCUCUUACCGGAGGAAGACGCUGGCAACAACAGGAACAGAGUUAGCGACGACGAGGUGUGGGAAGCUCCUCCACGCACCCAGAGCAGCGACGGUGGCUCCCUCGAAGAUCUCUGUGGAGGAGGCGGAGGGGACGACAGGAGCUUGGGGAGAUCUACUGCUGGCUCCAAGACUUCUGCGAUCAGAAUUCGCAUAUCCGAAGGUGGGGAGGCAGCAGCGGAAGCAGCCACAGAAGGCAGCGAGGUGGGCGCAUCGGUCCCUCCAAGAGGCAGCGGUGAUAUUCGGGAGAGACGGCAGAGGCACUCCCACAACCAUGGGCAGAAAUCAGAGCCAGAAGCUACGUGUUGCAGCGAGUCUGAUGGGAACCGUUACGCAAGUGCAAUUGAAAAACUCUUGUCCGCCGGCUUUUACUUCUCUACCGACAUCGAAUUGACACGGUCGCUACAGCGGCAGGCGGAGCUGAGACUCCCCAAGUGUCGGCAGACGCUGCCUGGAUUUCCAGACUGUAGCUGGCAAUUCGAUUCUUGCGAGGAAAGAGAUGCAGCUCUGCUCAAAGACUCCUGCUGGAACGGCUUCUCGUUCACUCAAGUCGCAGAUGAGCGAUUCUCGUGGAAUGCUGCUCUGCUAUCCGACUGGAAACUUUCUGGCAUUGAUCCCAGGUGGACUGUCCCUCUUAUCCAAGGGUAUGUAGGCUAUGCACGCGUAGAGCGUCUGGGGUCAAGGGCCCCCACCUCAGGAGGUGCUGCACGGGUGUUAGCCGUUGAGCUGCUCCUCAUCUGCCGCAGAAGCUGCAGGCGGGGAGGCACUCGGUAUAAUGCGAGGGGCAUCGAUGAUGAAGGAGACGUUGCAAAUUUUGCAGAAAGCGAGCAGCGCGUUCGCCUCCUGCAGCUUGAGAGUCUCUCCAGCAGCAGCAGAAGUCGCACUGGGAUGCCUCGAACCAGCCGUUUCACCAGGCCGCGAGUCUCUGCGCACUCCUGCUCGUCGACAGCCUCGAGUGUAGAGACACCGGAGGCAUCAGACGCAGGGGUUCCCUUGCUGUGCAGAAAGGGCUGCUGCUAUGGCCACUGGGCUUCAAUGCUGCAAGUGCGAGGCUCGGUGCCUCUCUUCUGGUGUCAAAGUGGCCUUACAGCGCAGACUGCAGUCACUCGCAACGCUCUCCUUACCGCAAACGCAUUCGAGAGACAUCUUCACAUGCUGCACCGCCGCUACGGCCCUCAUCUGGUGUUUAUCAAUCUGCUGAGUACGACGCGAGAGAACGAGAGACGCCUUACCAGCAGUCUCGAGGAGCAGCUGCAGCUGUACGAUCACGACCACCUCUCCGCUAUACCGCCUCUCCAUAUACGAUACGACUUCCAUUCACAGACCAAAUCCAAGGCGUAUGAGGCUGCUCUCGGCGACUUCGUACAGCGCGAGCUGCUAGCCUCUGCUGCAGCUAUCGGCUUCUUCUGCAGCCCUUGCGAGGAAGCGGGAGGUGCUGCAGCAGGAAGGAAGCAGGAGGGCGUCUUCCGUACGAACUGUCUGGAUUGUCUAGACAGAACGAACGUGUUUCAAUGGUUCUACUGCUGGUUCUGGCUUACACAGCUGUUGCGGGAGAGUCGAUAUGAGGCCUUCCUGCUACCCGUCACGUCUCGCAAUUUACUGACUGUCUCAUCGGCUCCCUUGGGGAGCGGCCCGUGGCUUGGGGGCACGGAGGAAGCUGCUCCUUCGAACUCGCUCGUCACCCUUGUUUUAGGAGACACUGGACGUCCAGAUCAGCAACAACAGGUGCUGCUGCAGCGGAGCAGCAGCAGCAGCCUUAACGGCGGAAGCAGCGCGGCAAUCAGAGCAGCGCUGAGCAACAGCUUUUCGCGGGCUGAAGACGCUGGCCACCCCGUAUACACGCAAAAAUCCAGCACGAACAUCCCUGCAACACCCUGCAGCGACGCUCCACAAGAUGAGACUUGUGUUUUGAGGGAUCUCAUCAAAAAGAUGUGGGCAGAUCAGGGGGACAGCAUUAGCCUGCAGUACACGGGCACGGGAUCAGUAUUUUCCUCUCAGAUAAAGCAGGGAGGGAAAAGCUCUCUAUCCUCUAACAUUGACCAUGCCAUCAAAUCUAUUGGCAGGUUCUACCACAAUACAUUUGAGGACUCAUUCAGGCAGGAGUGCGUUGAUCUGCUAGUCGGGCAGCACAGACUCUCAGGAGAGGCUUUCUACCCACAGGGGGACGAGGAUACUGCUGACGAGGGUUCUCCCGUCCCUUUGCGGAUCUGGAUCGGCACGUGGAAUGUUGCGGGAAGAGACAUUCACGAGUGGGAUAAUUUAGAGGAUUGGCUGACUCCCAUCAACGAGCAAGCGGACCUGUUCGUCUUCUGCGUACAAGAACUGGUCGAACUGACGGGGCUUCGCGUGCUGAUGAGUUUGAAGGAUCGAGACAAAGAAUCUCGUUUGGACGUAAAGACAUCCGCUGGGCUUCAAGCUCUCGCAUGGACAAGCCCCCCGCCUCCCUACCUCGACAGUCGGAGAAAGACUCUCGACAGCCUGCAGAAACUCCUGAGGAAAAGCAGCAGCGGCAGCACAGACGUCUCGGCGUGGGGACGCGACUACGAACGUUCGAACAUCUCGUGCGAGGACCAAGUGCAGCGGGAGCGUGCUUAUGACAGAAGCAACAGCAACAGCAGCAGUAACAGCAGCAGCAGCAGCAGUAGCCGCGGGGGAAGCAAACAGUCCACGUCCUACGUGAAGGUUCGCAGUGUAUCAAUGGUUGGCCUCUGGAUAUCGCUUUUUAUUCGCUCGGAUCUGCGGCGGCUUAUAAACAAUGUCGACGCAACAACUGUGAAAGUCGGAAUGAAGGGAAACGCCGGCAACAAAGGCGCGGUGGGGGUUCGACUCUCGUUAGGCGGAGUUUCGUUCUCCUUUUUAAAUGUUCAUCUCGCCUCAGGGCAGACCAGCAGCCACGAGAGAGUGCAGCAAAUGCAACUCGUGCUGCAGCAAGCCUUCCAGACCGGCUCUUCAAACUACCCAAUGGCUCUGCACCACGACUUUGCUUUCAUUGCGGGAGAUUUCAAUUUUCGCCUGCACAUGUCUCACCAGCAAGUUGUCGAGGAACUGAACAACUCCAACUUCAAGCCUCUUCUUUCGUGCGAUCAACUGUACAUCUGCAAAAAACACCAUGUUCCCCCUUUUAACUCCCUCAUAGAACCGCCAAUCACCUUCAGGCCGACGUACAAGUACAAAAGAAACUCUCAGCUUUAUGACCUCAAGAGGACACCAGCCUGGUGCGAUCGCAUUCUGUAUGGCGGCCGUCUCGUGCCCCCUGCCGACAGUCGAGGAAACCGCGGCAACACCCACUCUGCGGGUUCCCCAGUGCAGUGCCUUUCCUACACGCAUCACCAGUGCUACUUUUCUUCGGAUCACAAGCCUGUUUCUGGAGUAUUCGAGGUGUCUGUGCCCUCCAGAAGACUGUCAAGGAAAGGCUGCGUGCGCAGCCGCCUGUGGCAGGGAGAGUCGCUCAGAAGUUCAUCUUUUUUCCAGGAUUCGCUUGACCUGAGAGACACUCUACGGCCCCCCUCGAAUUUUCCCAAGGCGUCUCUGGGAGCUGAGAGCGCAAGUGGUACUUCUUCUAUCGACUGCACGUCCAGCCGAGACUGGACCUCUAGGGCAGCACAACCCGAAAGUCACAGCUUUUCUCCCUUCCCUACACUGACGGAUGUCGAUAUGUUGGCUGGAGGAGUGCCUCUUCUGCUUCCCGAACGAUCAGCAGGCCCCCUCGUGCAAACGCCCUCCAACGAGGCCAAAGAAUCAAAUCUUCUCAGUCUCCCUGCUUCCCCUCGGGAUGGUGGCACACAGAUGUCAACUGAAGGCAGCCUCGAUGCGAUAGCUUCACGUUUGGUAGCUGCUGCUGCAGCAGAUAGCGGAAACAUCAGGCAGCUACCGGAAACAGCCACAAGCGUGAAGGACGGGAGUGCGAAUGCAAUGGAUGCCCUAGACGCUUUGCUAAGCAACAUCCGCGUGGAGAAUCAACAAACAGGGGGGUCUGCUUCGGAGUGGUCCCUACUGGAUCUAUCACAGCCUCUCUCGGCAGCCCCUCGCUUGGAAGAGAGGCAGAUCGUGACUGACGCCUCAGAGGGGCAACAGCCUACGGCGCGGGGGGGAGCCCAGCAACAUGUCUUCGAGGACCUUUUGUUGUAG